AUGGCGGCUUAUCUGGAAAUAGAACCGUUUGAUAAGAUCAACGAAAGAAAGGAACACAGGGAAGAGGCAAGGUUUGAAAGGAGGCCGGCUCCUAGGGCACAGUUUCCGUGGGAAUUGCAAGAUAAACAGAGGCAAGAAGAGUCUGAUUUGGAAACAGAAGUGGAUUCAGGAGGUGCAGGCAGCAUUAACCACGACCAGUGGGAGGAAAUAGAGUUCGAUGAGGAGUCAGAAUGGAGCGAAGAGUGGUCGGAAAUAGAAGAAGCCGUGCUGCCUGAGGUAGAGGAAUUUUGGAAGGCUUCAGAGGCAUUUAGCUUUGAAGACUGGGAGGAUGCAGGCAAACUAGAUGGACUGGGAUUAGAGGUACUUUUUGAGGAGCCUUUUGAAGAAAGUGCUGUGGACGAAGUAGUGGAAGUAUUUCGAGAUGAGCAACUGGGGCUUAGCAGUGAUCUAGCUUUGUACGAUGAGAUUCAAAGCCUG